AUGAGCUGGCCGCGUUUUAUCCUCUGCCUGCUGCUGUCUAUUGCGCACGCCUCCGCCGCCAAAUCCGCUCCUCCAUCCUCGCGGAGCGACCGCAGCGUCGCGGCGCGGCACCUCUUGAGCGGGGCAGCGGCUGGCGCCAUCUCGAACACCGUCGUGGCGCCGCUCGACAUCCUGAGGCUCAACCUGAUUGUCUCGCAGGACAAGCGCGGAGCGCUGCGCAUGGCACGCGACAUUUACGCUCGCGGCGGCCUCCGCGCCUUUUGGCACGGCAAUGCGGCCGACGUGAUCCGGACGGUUCCUGCGAGCGCGGUGCGCUUCUACUCGUUCGCCGUUUACAAGGCGGCCCUGCUCGGCGCGGUGCCGGCGGCCACCGCCUCGCUCCUCUCCGGCGGCUUCGCGGGCAUGUCUGCGAUGGCCGUCUGCUUCCCGCUCGAGACGGUCCGCACGAGGAUGGCGACGCUCGGCGCGGCGGAGGGCGUGCGGCUGGUCGAGUACACGCGCAAGCUGGUGCAGUCUGAGGGCGCCGCCGCGCUCUACCGCGGCCUCACGCCCUCGCUCAUCUCGGUGAUGCCCUACUUCGCCGUCCGCUUUGGGGCGUACGACAUCAUGCAGCGCUGCUACGCGGGCCUGCCGCCCGACGACGAGCGGCGGCGGCUGCUCGGCACGCUCUCGCCGGCGGCGACCUUCGGCAUGCUUGCCGGGAUGGCGGCGUCGAGCUUGACGUUCCCCUUCGAGCUCGUGCGGCGGAGGGCGAUGGUCGGGCCCUCCGAGGCGAACCCGCUGGCCGCAAUGGUUCGGAUCGCGCGCGAGGAGGGCGUGCGGAGAGGGCUGUACAAGGGCUUCGGGCUGAGCCUCUUCAAGGUGGCGCCGUCGUCUGCGGUCACCUUCGUGGCGUAUGAGGCGUGCUUCCGCGCCCUCACCCGGCUGGCCGAGAGCUGGGAGCGCGAGGAGCUGCUCCGCGCGCAGCUCGAGCUCGAGGCGCCGGACACCGCGACGGCGUGAGGCAGUUCUCGAGGGCGGCGUGGGGCGCGGCGCGCGCGAGAGCGCGGGCGGCGCUCCGGGCGGCGGCUGCGCGCCGUGACGGGGGCGGCCGAGGCGGGCUCUUGCCGCCAGGCGCAAGCGGCCGCGCGCACACUGUACUUGUGCGGGGGCAGAGGCACGCGUGAUUGUUCCGGCGCAAAGCGCGUGUGUGUCGCCAGCUUGCGCGAGUCCUUGUCGGCCGUGGCGGCCGCCAGGGCUAAGGAGUGACCGUCAGAAAACACC